CAAGUUUGACAGUUUACGAGCAAUAUCCGGAGUUACGGGACGUGUCCCUAGUUGUCCAGGACGCGCGGGAGCAGUGUGACGUGGACGCGAAGUGCUGACGAUGCUGGUGUUGUUGUGCGCGUGCGCAUAUCUGGCUGCGGGCGCAGCGGAGCCGGCGCCGGCGCUACAGGGCGCCUCGCGCUGGUCGGUGGCGUCCAGCGUGCUGCUGAGCGACGCGGCGACCACGGGAGGGGAGCUGGGGUAUCGCCUGCAGGCCGCGCUGACGCUGCGCGCGCAGCCGCUGGAAGAAGGGCUGUUGCUGCACUUCACGCUGGAGUCCCCUCAGCUGAUGCUCCGAGGCAAGCACCGGAAUGCAGAGUUCCUCCCGAAGCCUUCUAUAUGGGACUCCAUGCCCAGCUCCGAGUUCCUAGCCGUGUGGAGUGAAGGCCACAUUACAGAGGCCUUUCUUGACCCAUCGGACCUUCCUGAUGUGCUGGACUAUAAGAAGGCUCUCAUCAGUUUGUUCCAGUUCCAAGCAGAGGAGGGUGAGCGCAAUGAGACAGAUGUGUCGGGCUACUGUCAUGUGCACUAUGAUGCCGUCUCCGAACUGGUCUUCAGGAAAAGCAAGAUGCAAUGCACGUGGCAAGAAACGGUAGACGAGGACGAGAACGACGGGUGCGCGGAGCGGCGGCGAGUCGUGCGCUACCAACUUACCUCGGCUGGAGUCCUCGACAGUAUCACUGCUGAUGAAGUGCUGCUUCUGCGCGGCACCGACCCAUCACACGCGCUAAAGGCGCGCGCACUGCACAUGCUGGCCCGCGCGGGUGCGCCCGCGCCGGCGCCCGCGUCUCCUGCAGAUUUAGCCGCUGCGCGAGAGCGUCUACCCGUACUGCAGCCCACACCACUACCGCUUGAACUGAGACCCCAAUCCGAUGAUGAGCCAAAGGAGUCCCUGUCCUCGGCACUGUCAGCGCACCGCGCGGCCAUCGAGGAAGCGCGCGCCGGCAGCGCGGAGGCCGCCGCCGCCACGCUGGCGUUGCUGCCCGCCAUACGUGCCGCCACGGCUAAGGAGCUGACAACUCUGCUCGACCAUCCCGAUACUGACGAGUUAGAAGGCCUAGUCCGCGUACUCGGCCUGUCGGGGUCACGCGGCGCACAUUUGGCUGCGCGUGAGACGCUACAACUGCAAGCGAAAGAACCGCCACGAGAACACCUCGGCAGGGAAUACCUCGCCGCACUGGCUAUAGCGCCGCAGGUGGAGGAGUUUGUGAUCCGCGACGCGAUGAAGCUGGGCGCCACGGGCGGCGCCCUCGCCCCCGCGGCGUUGCUAGCGGCGGCGGCGGCGGCGGCGGCGCACGACGCGCCUGCGCCUGCACGGGAGGCGCUCACUACGGAGAUCAAGAACUCACUCACAAGAACCCUCUCCAAGUGCAAGGAGGACGCAUGCUCCGCGGCGCGGAUCCUCGCUCUGGGACAGCUCCGAAGGCCCGAGCUGGUCGAGCUGUUGCUAGAACACGCCGAAACAGGCGCACGUGCAACCGCGCUAGCCGCCAUUGCUGCACUACGGGCUGUGGCUAAAGAGCAGGGCUACUACGGUCCGCAGCGUCGCCGCCUCGAGGCCGUGGCGCUGGGGCUCGGCAGCCAACGGCCGCUGGACGUGCGCGCGGCCGCGCUGGAACUGGUCUUGUAUUCUGCGGCUGACCGCCCGCUUGCCCUGCUGGGACUAACGCGGGGGCUCCGCGAGCGCGGGCCGCGCGAGCUGCGGCGGCUGUGCUGGCUGCGGCUGCUGCAGCUGGCCGACACCAGCGCCGAGCUGGCGACGCUGCUGCCCUCGCUGGACCCCAGGCCGAGAGACUGGUUCCGGAGAGCGCAUGAUGGUACGUCGUCGGUGCUGGAGCGUGCAGCACAUUGGGCGCGGCUGGACUCCUCGCAGCUGGCCAACGCUGGCGUGCUCAGCCGAGGCAAGGUGGAGCUGGCAGCACACACACCACUCGAACAACUACAUCUGCUAACCGUGGAGAUAUGGACGCGCGGCAUGGAGUCAUUCGCGACGCCUCCAGUGAUACCCGCCGCGGCGAGAGAGGCAGAGGACGAACAUAAACAAGAGGAUGAGGAAGCCGUCGAGGGGGGGCUAGCGCUCACUGUAGGAGGGGUCAGGAGGCCUGACGUCACGCUUUUCAACGGACAGGGCGAGCUUCUGGGCCACAUCUGGUCGGGCACGGGCUCCUCCCCGACGCCGGUGCUCCGCGCCGUGCUGCCCCGUGACCACGUCACCCACCACUACGCGCUGCAGGCCGGCCUUGUGCUGCGAGGGAGGGUGCAGCAGGCGCUGGCACUAGCGCAGGAUGCGCAGGUAACGUUGCUGACCACAUCGGGCACGGCUGCCUCCCCACCCCCCUCCCCCCUCCCCCGCGGCCACGUCACCCACCACUACGCGCUGCAGGCCGGCCUUGUGCUGCGAGGGAGGGUGCAGCAGGCGCUGGCACUAGCGCAGGAUGCGCAGGUAACGUUGCUGACCACAUCGGGCACGGCUGCCUCCCCACCCCCCUCCCCCGCGGCCACGUCACCCACCACUACGCGCUGUAACGUUGCUGACCACAUCGGGCACGGCUGCCUCCCCACCCCCCUGCCCCGCGGCCACGUCACCCACCACUACGCGCUGCAGGCCGGCCUCGUGCUGCGAGGGAGAGUGCAGCAGGCGCUGGCACUAGCGCAGGAUGCGCAGGCACAAGUGUCCCUCUGGGGUCGCACGGCGCGCGCGGGGCUGGCGCUGCGCGGGGCCGGCGUGGAGUCCUGGACCCUGCGCCUGCGCACCGAGUGGGGCGACGUCACGGCGCGAGCGCGCGCGGAGAUAGAACCGGAGCUCACUAUCGCAGCGGCGCUAGACUUCUACGAUAAGCCACAGUUGUGUGUGCAUACCGCUGUUCCUGACUACACCUACAGCCGCAACGUGACGCUGGAGUCCGUCCUGGGCGACAGUCUGCUGCGCGUGCGUCGCUCUCGAGUGACGUCACACCCCGUCCCGGGCCGCACGCUCGCCCUGGGCGCUCCCAACGACGCAGCCUGCACCGUGCUCGGCGCCGACCACCGCGAAUAAACGUGCUACUAACGUUACGUCUAUUGCAAUCCAUAUUCUAGGACCUGGGUGAUGUCACUCCACCUCCUAGCUCUAUGUGCGCCUAAUAAUGCAGGUUGCACCGUGGUCAGCGCCGCGAACUGGUGUGAGUCGCGUCACUGGCUCUAGGCGCUCCUAAUGAAGUGGCGUUCUACUCGCAUAACAUCACGAAAUGAGUGACGUCACCGCCUGUCACGGGCCGCACUUCGCUCUCAGCGCGCUGACGUUCGCGACUGAUGUGAGUAUCAGUCGUAGUUGACGUCGGAGCCCGUCCCGGGACAACUUACUCCAUAUAUCGUAGAAGAAUAAAUCAAAAUCGCGUUUCUCUAAACCAGCAAAUGGCUGUCGCUGGAUGGUGUCACUAACGCCUUUCUCAGUUCCAUCCAUCUUGUUAUGCGCUUAAUCCUCUUGUCGGCCUAUCUAGAGACCUGGCGGGUCGGUGACGCCAUCUAGCAAUAGACUAAAUAAACUUUCCAAUUUGGACACGAUUUAUUAGAGUUAUUGAUAAUUCUCUCCAAAAUAAUUUAAACCAAAGCUUAUGAAUAUAAUAUUGGGUAUAUUUGACACUUUAAGUGUAAAUGUAUUGAGUUCUAAAUUGAGCAGCUUUAUGAACUAUCGAAGAAAAUAUAUAAGACUGCUAAUCUAUCUGAAAAUUUAGUUUUGGACGAACCUGGGGAUCUAGCCAAAAUGACAAUCGUACAUCGAUAAACGCCAAACGAACAGAAAACAUGUAUCCAGAUGACAGAUGCUACCUACGCAAAGUUACGUGAUUGUGUAUUUCCAUUCAUUACCUAUUUAUUGUACCUGUUGUAGUUUCGUUUGGUGUUUUGUAUCAACCGAUUGUUACCUUGGCUAGACCCCUGUAUAAAUAAAAUAAUAGGCGUGUUCAGGCAGUUAGGGUUAUGUUUUAAACGAAAUAUUUUUUCCAAAUUAUAAGUAAGACCCCAAUCGCCAAAUUAUCUGUGUCACCUAGGUAUUUGUGUGGUGGUUGCUGAUACAUGAAUAGCAUAAGGUGACCAUUAUUUUCUAGUGGUUAUAAUUAAAUAUUACUUUUAAAUGGUUAAAAACGGUUAUAACAAUACAAAACUAUUACAUUCUAAUAAAUCUUCAAUAUUCCUCUUUUCUACUUCUACACUUGUUAUUUUAAGUAUUUUUGCUUUACCUACUGUACACUGAGCUAUCAUAACAUUAAAAUAUGUUUAUAACACCUUUAUAUGGUAUAUGUGUAGUUUAACAUGUUUUGAAUGUUCUGAGAUGUAAUUUUCAGGGCUAAUUCCUGAUUCCUGAUAUGAUCGCAGGUGCCUUGUUGUAUGUACAUUUAUUAUGGUGUAAGUCUUAGUCUGUUUAUAGUCUACAUUAUUUUUUAAUCUUAUACUUUUUACUAAAUCUUGUAUUUUAUAAAUUUUAUUCGAGUCUCAAAUUAUUUGUAAGUUUACUGAAUGUUGUUGUAAGCUCUCUAUUUAUUAAAAAUAGAAUCAAUAAAUAAUUAUAUUUCAAAUUUAAA